GUUUACAACGCUGGUUUAAAUUAGAUUUUUUUUUAACAAACGUUCUCAAUGGGAAGUCUAUUUUCACAAUCCAUUUGACAUUUGUUGAAUAGUUUUAAUCUAUCCAGUCCCUGUCCCAGCUGUGUUUUCAAUACCCCCCCAUACACUAGCCUACUCUGUCUGGCUUUGCCUCCCUCCAUCCAGCUGAAAAGGGUAACGCUGCAACUGCUAAUUAUAUGAGGGAAUUAUUCAAUGUAUGUAUGAUUCAAUGUAUGGGGGUCGAUGUAAUACAUCAUACAGAAGUAGUCUAAAACGAAUUGUGUGCAUGGGUUUGUGUGUGUGGUGUCAUUGGUCAUUUAUGUGGUCUGGGAGCAGAGUGAGUUUUGUGAACCGCCUGGAAUGUGUCAGCAGUUGGGCUCUAAUGAGUUUAUCAGUGGCAUUGUGCUGCUACAUUACAAAUGGCUGCCUUAAUGAACCUUCCUAAACAGACAACUAGCUCGAGGUCUACACUUCCAACAUUGUCAAGAUGAGGUUUCAAAUGGUUCUCUUGACUUUAUCCAUCUGCUUUGGUGCCAUUUCGUCGUCUCCCUCCAUGUCCAACCCUCCGCCUCCGCCCUCGGACUUGAAGAGAAAGACAGGCUGUUUAAAAAUGAGUAACUGUAGAUGCAUCAUGAAGGACGGCUCAGGGGUGAUAAACCUGGUAGCCAUGGCAGAUUCAGACGGAUUCUUGGGACACCUAAAGCCUGUGCCCUCGGAGAACGCACCGCCAAAUGCAGAAAUCCUCCUCUCCUUCAGCCCCUGUCAACCGUUCUCUGAGCCAGAGGACCUCGCAGGGACAGACUGCACAGAUGUGGCUGCCUGUUUGACAGUCAGGUUUUACAGAAAUAACAGAUACAUCAGUCAUUACAUAAACUAUGGGAGACAUGAGGGCAACGAAUUCCAUUACAACAACAGCUUGCAGACACUGUCUGUUUCAUAUUCUGUCCUAGAGUACACCCAGCCCCUGACAGUAGUACACUACCACUGUAGUCCCAACAUAUCCACUUCCUUCGCCCUACACUUAAAUGGAGACAUUCCCCUGCAAAUCUGGGUGGAGAGUCCCUGUGCCUGUCCAAACGCCUGUGCCCUGGGGGACGUGGGUCCUGGCACCAUCUUCCUCAUCAUCCUCUCCCUCAGCGCAACUGCCUACUUUAUCCUGGGGUCCUGUGCUCUGCGGCCAUUCAGGGCAGGCAGUGGAGUGCAGAUCGCUCCAGAGGAAAGUCUGUGGUGCAUGCUCUGUUACAUGUUCACUGAACGCAGAGGGGGUAGGAGGAGGAGAUACAUCUCCCUGCGAGAGGAAACCCUGUGAAGCAUGGGAUAUUGGAUAAAUGGGCAAUGAGAAAGUAGAAGAUGACAAAGCUACUGCAUAUGAAAUGACACUGAGGGAAACUUGGGCUUGAGAUCGAUUAUAUUUCCAGUGAUGUGACUGAUAUACAUGCAGGAGAC